UACCUAUCACUACUCACUAGAGACUAGAGUAUCUAACUACCUAGGUAUCUAGAUUCUAGAGAGAUUAAACAAUCAGAAUGUCGACAAACAAAUGCUUGAUGUCUGCCAUUGAAGGUGCUAUAAAGUUGAGAAUCUCAAAAGGAAUAUUUGAUAUAAAUUUCACAAAGGUUAAUCUUCUGGCAGCGCGAGAAGGCUACGUACAAGCCUCACUGAAAGUAGAGUCUGAGCACUGCAAUGUUCGAGGCCAUCUGCAUGGAGGCAUGGCUGCCAGUCUGGUGGAUAUGCUGUCCACGAUGGCGCUCAUGACGUAUGAUACAUCCAAGCCGGGCGUCUCUGUUGACAUUAGCUUGUCGUUUUUAGCAGCUGCCAAGCAAGGAUCAGAAGUAAUUAUUUCAGCCGAGAGUUUGAAGCAAGGCAAGAAUCUGGCCUUCCUCACUGCCAACAUCACGGACGCCACCACUGGCAAGCUACUCAUCACCGGCAAACACACCAAAUAUAUUGCAUGAUCGUCACAAACCCAAAUGAUCAUUGUUUGUACUACUCAUUAAUAAUUUUCUUACUAGGUAGUUCAGUUAUAUAAACUCAUUUGAAAAGGUAACAAGAAAUUUUUCAGGAAAAUCAUUUUUUAGUCUGCAAUCAAACUUGUAUAAAGAAGAAACUUCUGCCAAAUUAAACCACUAUCAUUGCUCCAAGGUCUGGUCUUGUCACAAUUUGCUAAAAUUACUUAUUGCAUUCAUUUGCAGUAUCAUACAUACAGUAACAUUAGUACGUAUCAUAAAGAAACUACUCAUGGGUGUUACUAAGUUCUUACACAAAUUUUAUAAGAUUGCCAAGUCAUUUUAAUAAUUUUUUUAUUAUUUUAAUAAGAUUGCCAGUCAUUUCUCAGGUUCUUCAUGAACUUAGUAUUUUUCGGCGUUGCAGUUCAUAAUUCAGUGGUGAUAUUUGUAUAAAAAUUCAUGACGGUCACACACCUGAACUAAAGUAGCACAUUAGCCUUUAGCAGUUUGUGCAUGACCUCACAAAUAAAGCUAUUUAUCAUUGCAGUAGUGUUACACGUUAAUUAAUUUCGAAUUUUAUCGACGUGUGUUUCGUAAGAUCGUGCCGUAACAACGACUUUGCAUUGAGAUGUGGUUCAAUAGGAUUUUUAUUUCCGUAGAAUGUAUGAGACUCCAUUAAGUUUUGUAACACAGACUGAUAUUGUACUUAUAAUUAUAAACAUUGUUUUUUUUCAUGUGGAGGAAA